GCUUCCUGGAGUUUAUUAACACAGCUUUGAAUAUGGGUGUGCCAGUGGGAGUCUGUGGUUCUUUGUAUUCAGGAGACUGCACUGUGUAUGUAAGUGGAGUGAACUGAUAGUGGUGAUCCAUCUGCUGUGUGCUAACCUUAACCCAGGACCCUGGUGACUGAGAGUAUGCAUGUGCUAGAAGUCGGCCAGGAGCCAGGCUACAGGUGAAAAGGAAGACCUCAGAUCUAUGUGACACCAGGCGUCACUCUGAAACCAAAAGUAAAUUAAAAGAAACUUAAUUUUAAAAGCAUCUUCUGAUGAUCCACGAAGAGGGUAACUGGAUUGCUCAGCCAGUUCUGCAGGCUGGAAAUCCAAGAUCACAGUGUCGACAGAAUGAAGAGCACUUUUACAAAAAGAAGAGGACAAUAUUGGGAUCAUCUUUGACCUGUCCAUUUGGAAAUAAUACUGUCUCUUGAGAUACAGUAGGGUGGAAAGCUUUUAUUCAGAACAAUGAAUUUCCUAAAGGAGAAUAGUCAAGUCCUCAUUCAAAGGAUGGGAAUGACUGUUAUAAAGCAAGUUGUGGAUGAGCUAUUUGUAUGGAAUAUUCUGAAUUUUGAAGAAGUAAACAUCAUUUGCUGUGAGAAGGUGGAGCAGGAUGCAGCAAGAGGGAUCAUCCACAUGAUUUUGAAGAAGGGUCCAGAAGCCUGUAACCUCUUUCUUCAAUCCCUUGAAAAGUGGAACUAUCCUCUGUUUCAGGACUUGAAUGGACAAAGUCUUUUUCACCAGAUGUCAGAAGGAGACUUAGAUGAUUUGGCUCAGGACUUAAAGUAUUUAUACCACACCCCCUCUUUUCUGAACUUCUACCCGCUGGGGGAAGAUAUUGACAUUAUUUUCAAUUUGAAAAGCACCUUCACAGAACCUGUUCUAUGGAGGAAGGACCAACGCCAUCACCGUCUGGAGCAGCUGACCCUGACUGGUCUGCUGGACACUCUUCAGAGCCCCUGCAUCAUUGAAGGGGAAUCGGGCAAAGGGAAGUCCACCCUGCUCCAGCGAGUCGCCAUGCUCUGGGCCUCCGGAAAGUGCAGCGCUCUGACACAAUUCAAAUUAGUCUUCUUUCUCCGUCUGAGUAUGGCCCAAGGUGGACUCUUCGAAACCCUGUGUGAUCAACUGGUGGACAUACCUGACACGAUUAGGAAGCAGACUUUCAUGGCCAUGCUGCUAAAACUACGCCAGAAGGUUCUUUUUCUCCUGGAUGGUUACAAUGAAUUCAAGGCCCAGAACUGCCCGGAAAUCGAAGCCCUGAUAAAGGAAAAUCACCGCUUCAAGAAUAUGGUCAUCGUCACCACCACCACUGAGUGCCUGAGGCACAUCAGGCAGUUCGGUGCCCUGACUGCUGAGCUGGGGGAUAUGAUGGAGGAGAGUGCCCAGGCUCUCAUCCGGGAAGUACUGAUAAAGGAGCUUGCUGAAGGCUUGGUACUACAAAUUCAGAAGUCCAGGCGCUUGCGGAAUCUGAUGAAGACCCCUCUCUUUGUGGUCAUCACUUGUGCAAUCCAGAUGGGGGAAAGUGAGUUCCAUUCUCACACACAAACAACGCUGUUCUGCACCUUCUUUGACUUGCUGAUCCAUAAAAACAAGCACAGAUGUAAAGGGGUGACUGCCGGUGAUUUUACUCGCAGCCUGGACCACUGUGGAGACCUAGCUCUGGAGGGCGUGUUCUCCCACAGGUUUGAUUUUGAACCAGAGGACGUGUCCGGUGUGAAUGAGGAUGUCCUACUGAUGACAGGACUUCUCUGCAAAUACACAGCUCAACGGUUCAAGCCAAAGUAUAAAUUCUUUCAUAAGUCAUUCCAGGAGUACAUAGCGGGACGCAGACUCAGCAGUUUGCUGAUAUCUCGGGAGCCAGAGGAGGUGACCAAGGGGAACAGUCACUUGCAGAAAAUGGUUACCAUUUCAGACAUUACAUCCAAGUACAGCAACCUGCUCCUCUAUACGUGUGGGUCAUCUGCUGAAGCCACCAAGAUUGUUCUGAAACACCUUGCAGCAGUGUAUCAGCACGGCAGCCUCUUUGGGCUUUCCAUCCCCAAGAGGCCUCUCUGGAGGCAGGAAUCUAUACAAAAUGAGCGAAGCACUGCUAUGCAAGAAAUUCUGAAAGCCAUAAACAUCAAUUCCUUUACAGAGUGUGGCAUCAAUUUAUUCCAGGAGAGUAUAUCCAAAUCAGCCCUGAGUGAAGAGUUUGAAGCUUUCUUUCGUGGUAAAAGCUUAUAUAUCAACUCGGAGAGCAUCCCUGAUUACUUAUUUGACUUCUUUGAACACUUGCCUAAUUGUGCAAGUGCUCUGGACUUCAUUAAACUGGACUUCUACGGAGCAGCCACAGCUUUGCGGGACAAGACCACAGAGGACAGAAGCAGGAUGCACACGGGAGGGUCCUCAGAAACCUGCAUUCCUGGCAGGGCCGUGUCUCUGUUCUUCAACUGGAAGCAGGAAUUCAAGACUCUGGAGGUCACACUCCGGGAUUUCAGCAAGUUGAAUAAGCAAGAUAUCAAAUAUCUGGGGAAGAUAGUCAGCUCUGCUACAAGCCUCAGGUUGUAUGUUAAGAGAUGUGCUGGCUUGGUUGGAAGCCUCAGUUUGGUUCUCAGCACCUGUAAGAACAUUCAUUCCCUCAUGGUGGAAGCCAGUCCUCUCACCAUAGAAGACGAGCAGCACAUCACAUCUGUGACGAACCUGAAAACCUUGAGUAUUCACAACCUACAGACUCAACGGCUGCCAGGUGGUCUAACUGACAGUUUGGGUAAUUUGACGAACCUUACGAAGCUUACACUGGAUAACAUUAAGAUGAAUGAGGAAGAUGCUAUAAAACUAGCUGAAGGUCUAACAAACCUGAAGAAUAUGUGUUUACUUCGUUUGACCCACUUGUCUGACAUUGGGGAGGGAAUGCAUUAUAUAGUAAAGUCUCUGUCAGCCGAACCCUGUGAUCUUGAAGAAAUUCAAUUAGUUUCCUGCUGCCUGUCGGCAAAUGCUGUGAAAACCCUAGCUCAAAAUCUUCACAAUUUGGCCAAACUGAGCAUUCUUGAUUUAUCUGAAAAUCACUUGGAAAACGAUGGAAAUGAAGCUCUACGUGAACUGAUUGGCAGGCUGCACAUCCUGGAAGAGCUCACUGUGUUGAUGUUGCCCUGGUGGAGUGAUGUACGGCUCAGCCUGACAAGGCUGUUGGAGCAACUGGAGGGGGCCCCCCAACUGGUCAGACUUGGGCUGAAACACUGGAGACUCACAGAUGCAGAAAUUAGAAUUCUAGGUGCAUUUUUUGAAAAGAACCCUCUGAAAAACUUCCAGCAGCUGGAUUUGGCAGGAAACUGUGUGAGCAGUGAUGGAUGGCUUACCUUCAUGGGUGUAUUUGAGAAUCUUAAGCAAUUAGUGUUUUUUGACUUCAGUACUAAAAAAUUUUUACCUGAUGCAGCAUUAGUCAGAAAACUUAGCCAUGUGUUAUCUAAGUUAACUUUAUUGCAAGAAGCUAGGCUUGUUGGGUGGCAAUUGGAUGACGAUGAUAUCAGUGUUAUUAAAGGUGCUUUUACACUAGUAACUGAUUAAAUAAAGGACACCCUGAACCCAUGAAUGCCCCCGGGGACUCCAUUACUUUCAGCCUGGUGAUUGAAAAAUCUUUGCUCAUAUUGUCUGCGAGUCUGAAAGUAUAUGGCAAUCUAUUGUACCCUUAAAAUUAUCCUGGUCAAUGGUGUCUGCCUAACUUGCCCUUCUUAACUUUCUCUUCUUUACCGAUAUCAGGAUGAUGUAUGACACCAUCACUCCUUAGCUGGCCUCGUCCAUGGAAAUCUACUGUCUUAGUUUCAUCAUUCAGGGAAAAAGGAAAAGAGAAAGAUGCCAGGGAAAUAAGGUCAAAGAAGAAGAGGAAGUGGGAAGGGGUCUACUGAUGACAUGUGCGACAGUUCUGUAUCAUCAUUCCGACUAGGGUUAUCAGCUACUUGAAGGGGACUCUUUCUUGUUCAUCCCUGUGUUCCCUUUGGCCUCAAGGAUAACAGGUCACAAAAAUUUAUAUAUUCUAUGCCUAGCAUGUACUAGAGUCUCAAGAAAUAUUUCCUGAAUGAUAUAAAUUACCAAUAGCUACUGAAUAAAGAAACAAGCCAAAAUUACUUAAAAUUCGAGUGAAAACUCCAUGUAUGUUCUUUAUUCAAACAGUUUAAUUCAAACAAUUUGGAAUGUAAAAAGCACUUCCUUAUGUAAGCAGACCAGACUCCCCCAAAAGAUCAGCAUCCUUUAGUCAAGCAAAAAAUUGGCAGUUUUAUGAAGAGCUAAAUCAGAGGCUUAAAAUUCAAGUCCUCUCCAGUUGAUGAUACAUGUAUGUAAUUCCAACUGUGACUUCAGAGAUUAAGAAAUAAAAAUGUAUCCCAUUCUUUAGUAUCCUAUGGAAGCUAAGGGCAUCCUGUCCUCAUCUUUUUCUCCAACAUCCCCCAAACAAUCCUUCCCCACAAAGAAAGAAGUCUAAAAAAAAUCUGUUUAAACAGAUGAAAGUCGAGGCAAGUCUGAUAUAAACAAAACCCUAAAUGGUUAGCCUGCAGUUCACCUUCCAUUCUCAUAGCACCUCAAAUUAACGGCUUGGGUGUUGAUGUAGGUUAACAUAUUGCCUGUAUACUGAGGUAGUCACUGGAAAGAAAUUCUGGGCACAGUAUUCUGUUUAGCAAGUGGGCAAAUAUUAUACAGAUUUAGUCAUAAAAUAUUAGAGCUGAUAGUUUACAGAUCAACUAAUUCAUUCCCUACCCUAACUUUACAGAUGAGAAACCUCAGGGAAGUUAAAUGACUUACCCAUGGUUACAAAACUACUUACAUAGUGGCAGCAUCAGGAUUGGAAUCCAAAUCUCGUCUUCCAGUCCAAUGUUUUUUUUCAUUAUAACACAGUGAUUUCUCAAACAGGGUUAAUCACACUCCAUGAAGCUGGCUCUUAAUCACAAACCAUGGGCCAAGUAUUUAAUUUGAACUUCCUUUUCUGUCUAGCUUCAAGUGACUCCAUGGCAAGAUUUACCAGUAAGUCUACUGCCUAUAGACCUAUGCUGGCCAAAUUUGUUUUCAUCUCCAGAAGCAGGCCAGAGCUUGGCUAAUGCAACUUCUCUAUGUGAUGCAUGUACCAAAGUCACCUGCAGCAGUUGGCAUUCCUGCAUGUCAACAUGUAGAGCCAAUUCCUUCAGAAUCCACAGGUAACUUGUCCAAUAGUGUAGGUGGGUAUCAAAGCACCUUUAGCAGGUCAACUGCAUAGGUGCUGCUUGUGAAGGGGUGUUGAAGAAGUAGGCACUCCACCUCAUGCAGAACUAUGUUCAGUACCUAGACACUUUACAAAUCCCACGAGGAUGGAGAAGACAUGCAAAGGGUGGUGGCACAGACCUCUUAAUCAUCACUCAGUACCUGACAGGUCUUCAGAUUUCAUGCAUGACCUAAAUUCACACUUAGAUGAGAUCAAUGGAGGAAAAAUUACCCUGUAACAGUAGAUAUAGAAAUACUGGAGAACAUAAGACAAAGGAAAGGAGCAGGUUGCCUAAUAACACUUUACAAAGUUUCAUUUUCCCAGGCAAUCAAGGUAGUGUGGGCUCUAUUUUUCCAGCAGCUCAAAUAUCUGAACAGGGUUGCAGAUGUCAAGAUAAUGAACAACUCCUCACUAAGGACAAGUUAUUUGGGACACAGUCACUUAUUAUCACAGGAUGACUACGAUUCUCCUUGAUAAGAGAUGGCUUCUUAGAUGUUUGUUAUUCCACGGUGAAGAAAUAGGAUUGGGAAGUGUUGUUCAUAUUUAAAAGAGGAUGAGUUGAUUGAAGAAAGUGUUGCAAAUUCCACAAAUAUAAAAAUCUUCUCUAGAUAAAUGGCUGCUGGCUGGAAAACUCACAAAUCUCCAGGAGUACUAGAUUCCAGAAAAGUUGAAUCCACUCUUAAAAUCCCUUUUAAAACUCUAAUCAUAAAACUCAUGAUAAAAUGAAAACAACUUCAUAGGUAAUUUGUGACUGCUGCUUAUUGUACUUUUUAUAAGUAAUACUGGCCAUGUUGGAAAGUCCUUUACAUUUGCAUUUGAAAAAUAAAAAAAUAAUCUAUAUAAUUUUCAUAAUCACA